AUGAACAACUUCCCAAAGAAAGAUGUAAGCGGAAUGCCUUCCACAUCAAGACCACGCGGAAUGUCUGGGCCUGGAUCAAGCGGAUCUGGACGACCAACUGUUACGACUCCAAUGUCCGAACGACAGCAGAUGGCAUUGCUGAUGCAGAUGACUUCAACGUCUGCCGGUAAUGAAGGAGAUAUGAGCCCCGGAUCAGCUGGUUCGGCAACGUCCGGAUCCGGCGGGGCACACUCUCGGCGAGAUCGAAUUAAUGAACGAGGCGAGACUGCGUUGCAUUUAUCAGCCAAGAAAGGUGACCAGGAGACGGUCAAAAAGUUAUUGGAGCAGGGCUCCAAUCCGAACGUGACGGAUUUUGCAGGCUGGACUCCGCUCCAUGAAGCAUGUAAUCAUGGACAUUAUAACGUGGCACUGGCCCUGGUUAAGGCCGGAGCCAAUAUCAAUGCUACCGGAUUAGAAAACGAUACUCCCCUGCAUGACGCGGCUAUCGUUGGUCAGCUGAAGUUGUGCAAAAUGCUUGUUGAGCGCGGAGCGGAUCCGGGUUUUAAAAACCAGAAGGGGAAAGCGCCGUGUGAUGUUGCGGCACCUGCUGUGUACACGUUUCUACUGCAGGCAAGAGACAAUGCGGCUAACCGUCUUCAGCAGCAGAUGAAGAAACCAUCGGAAGGUGGAAACCCCAAGAAAAACUCGAACCAGGACAGCGAUGCGGAUGACACCGCCAGCAGCAGCGGAGGAGCCACCAGCGCGUCGAUGGCUCCUUCGGCUGUGAAUAAAGACGAGGAUGAUAUUUAUGAGUUUAAAUCAACCCCGAAGGAUUCCGGAUCCAGCUCCAGCGACGAAAAGGAGAGCAACUGCGAUAAGAACGAAAAAUCAACUGCAGAAAAGAACAACGCCAGUGGAGGUGAUGGAGAUUCCAAUCCAAUCAGUGGAACUUCUGGGUCAGCAAAUUCCGGGAGCGGAAAUGCUGGUAUUUCAAAGCGACCGUUCUCGGAGGUAAGCGAUCCAUUGGAAGACAGUAGCAGCGCGCCGAAUGAUGAUGACAACAAAAGGAAGAAAAGAAAGGAUUCGGACACAACUAACAAGGAAACCACGAAAGGAGGAGCGGGAGCAAAUCGUGGUUCCGCACCACGGUUGGAAAAAAGCAGUAAAUCGUCAGGACCACCGUCAAAGAAUCUUAGCUUGGCGGGAAAAAGCGCUCUAGAUCGAAAGAGUCCGUGCGCAAGUCCCAAACCGUCUACCGGAAGCACAGUAGGCUCGACAAGUAAGGGAUCCACCAACAGUAACGCCAACGACAGUGACGUCGAAGGCGAUGACAGCAGUAAUAAAAACAGCGAUACAAGUUUCCCAAGUGGUGGUGGACCAAAGGUUCCUCCACUGAAGAUUGUCAUACCGCAGCAAAAUACCAGCGGUGAUGCUGAUGCCGGAGGAAGCUCCCGGAAUGGCAAGAAUGCUUCAGCACGAAACCAUGCAGCGCUUCCGUACGUAGUUGCAUCGUCCAACAGUAAUGAUUCCAGUGCUGACAAGGAGAGCACCUCAUCCCGUUCCGCCAGUCCGUCGGAUUCGAAAAGCUCCGACGAAAAAACAACUUCAAAAUCGAGUGAAGACCGCGCCCAAGCUCGCGUACUGCGAAGCCACCGAGGCGGGGGAACCGGUUCGUCCGAAGGCGACAGAAGUCGCAGCAAGGAUAAUCAAAGUGAUCGUUCGGUAGACCGUUCGAACAACUCGUCUCCACAAUUGCAACAAAGCAGCGCGGUACCUUCUCCGGCUUCCAACAGCGGCGACGCUGCUGUCGGUGGUGGUGCAGGCGGAGGUAGCUGUUCAAGUACCGGUGGUGGCACUUCUAGCAAGGAUAGUAACCACGCAAGCCCUGCCGGCGGCAAUCAAAAGGAAACAGAAACAGAAAACGGAACGAAUUGUGGAAGCAACAACAAUCCCAAAAGCCCACCUGUUUCGACAACAUCAUCUACUUCUACCACAACGACAACUAGCAGUACAAGUGGUGCUAGCACAAGUUCAACUUUAAACCAGAACAAUCAAUCUACCAGCACAAGUUCCAGCACCACAUUGGAAACGGCAGUACACCCGCGCAAGAGAAAAAUUAAAACUAGUAAGGAAACGUCAUCUACUACGUCCUCCAGCUCAUCCGCUGUUUCGACAUCUACUGCAUCAGCAUCCUCAUCAAACGAAGAGAAAAAAGAAAUCAAGGACGAAACUCCAGACGUGCACCCACACGAUCAGCCAAUCACUAACUGCUAUCAAAUGUUUUUGAACAUUCGACGUCAAAUCGAACGACGACAGCGUUGUCUUUUCCCGGUACAACCGAAACCACCACAAGGUUUCAAAGAUUAUCUGCUGAAUCGUUGCGCCUACGCUCUGGCUGGUAAAACACCUUCUGAGCCGAAUAUACAACCACCAGCAACGUUACAGCCUCAGAUGAAAGAUAUUUUUACCCUCCAGGAAAAAGAGCGUCACAAGCUGAAGAUGCAGCACAUUGUUGAAAAAGAGAAGCUUGUGCUAGCUGUUGAGCAGGAAAUAUUGCGAGUCCAUGGUCGCGCCGCUCGGGCUCUAGCCAAUCAGUCAUUGCCCUUCUCUGUGUGUACUAUUCUAAAGGAUGAAGAAGUGUACAACAUAAUUACUCCAGAGCAGGAGGAGAAAGACCGUAAUGCAAGAUCCCGGUAUAACGGUCGUCUGUUUCUCAGUUGGUUACAGGAUGUCGAUGACAAAUGGGAAAAAAUUAAGGAAGCUAUGCUACUGCGGCACCAUAAUGAAGCCGAAAGCUUACACGCGGUCCAGAAGAUGGACUGGGAGUGGAAGAUGAAGGAAAAUUCACUUUGUGAGUUUAAGGCUAAGCCGGUGAUCGACGACGUCCAUGUGCCGAUGGUGAAUGUAAGCGACGAUUUCGAUCUACUGCCGGCUUAAGAAUUGUUUUAAUGGCGAGCGUAAAGCAUAUGACACUCAUAGGUAAGAUACGUAGACGAUAUUCCUGUAGACGUACGGACAGUAUAGAGAGUACUGUAUUUUUGUGUAAGACGAUACUUGAAAUAGAUUAGCU